AUGACCUGUAGAAGGACAGAUGGUUGCAGAACCCCCAUGAUAGUGUGCACAUGGAACAUUAGAGGGCUGAAUAAGCUCUCAAAACAGAAGGAGUUGAAGCUCUUUCUGGAAAGACAAAAAAUUGAUCUCAUGGGAUGCGUGGCAACUAGAGUGAAAGAAGGGAAAGCAAAGAAAAUCUUGCAAAAAGUAGCUAGAGGUUGGAAGUACUGCUGUAACUAUAGUACAGCAGUAAAUGGCAGAAUAUGGCUCCUAUGGAAAGAGAAUAUAAAUGUGCAGAUUCAAGCUAUAAAGGAUCAGUACAUACACUGUUCAAUAGAGGAAAGUUCAUCUCACUUCACCACAGAAUUUACAGUAGUAUAUGCAAAAAAUACUUUGCAAGAGAGGGAGGAAUUAUGGAAUGACCUGCAUCAGAUGGGAAAACAUAUCUGUAAUGCUUGGCUUCUAAGUGGAGAUUUCAACAAUGGGCUAACAACUGAUGAUAGAAUUGGGCAACCAGUUACAGCUAAGGAGAUGCAAGGAUUCCAGGACCUGCUGAAUAACCUGCAACUGACUCCUAUAAGGUCAAUAGGCAGGCACUUUACUUGGUGCAACAAACAGCCUGUGGGAAGUAGAGUUUAUAGUAAAAUUGAUUGGGCUCUGGGUAACUUCCAAUGGAUGCAGCAAUAUGGUCACAUUGAGGCAGAUUUCUUAAACCCUGGAGUAUCAGAUCAUUCCCCUAUAAUAAUGAGGUGUGGAGAGAAGAGAAGAAUGUACCCAAAGCCAUUCAAGUUCUUUGUUAAUGUAAUGGAACACCCUGAGUUUCAUGCAAGAUUAAAGAGAGUAUGGGAGCAGAAUAAAGAUAUUAAUGCCAUGACAAAAGUUAGCAAAAAAUUGCAGGAUCUGAAGCAGGAGUUAAAGGACCUAAAUCAUUAUAUGGCUUCUUAUCAACAAAAAUUGAAUCAAGCAAGACAAAAACUGGAGAUAGUACAAGCAAACAUCAGUGUACAACCUUUCUGUCAAAGCCUAUUUGAUCAGGAAAAGGAGAUACUAGCUGAGUUAGAUAGGUGGAGCAAUAUUGAAGAACAAGUACUUAGACAGAAAUCCAGAGCAAAUUGGAUCCUGUGUGGUGAUAGCAACUCAAAAUAUUUCCAUGCCCAGUGGAAGAUUAGACAAAGCAAGAACACAAUCUCAUCCAUCUACACAGAGACAGGUAUCAAACUCACAGACCCAGUGCAGGUAGAAGCAGAAUUCAUGACUGUAUUCAAAGGAUUAAUGGGAUGUUGCAGGGGAGAGAUCAAAUGUCCAAACUCAGAAAUCAUAAAGAAAGGGCCAAUUUUGACAAGGGAGCAACAAGUAGACAUGAUAAAGCCAGUAACACUCAAGAAAUAG